AUGGGAGUGUUGGUGGCAGCUGAUACCACCUAUUUGGUGGUUGUUAUUAUGGUACUCUUCCUCGUCACUGAGAUAUUGGGGAUGGCCGGAAAAUCGAGUCCCACCGGCCGACCUGAUCAGAAUGUUAGUCGAGCCCAGUUUCCUCCGGAUUUCCUCUUCGGAGCCACCUCCUCGUCUUAUCAGUAUGAAGGUGGUACAUGGGAUGAUGGUAGGCGUCCUAGCAUAUGGGAUGCUUUCACUCAUGCCUAUCCAGAGCGUAUACUCGAUAGAAGCAGCGGGGAUGUGGCUACGGAUUCUUACCAUUUAUAUAAGGAUGAUAUAUCGCUUGUGGAAAACUUGGGGAUGAAUGCUUACAGAUUUUCAGUCUCAUGGUCCAGAAUACUGCCAUAUGGGAAGCUAAGUGGAGGUAUCAACCAAAAAGGGAUCCAUUACUACAAUAGUGUCAUCAAUGAGACCCUAUCACAAGGGUUAACACCGUUUAUGACUCUCCUCCAUUUGGACUAUCCUCAAGCACUUCAAGACGAAUACGGCGGCGUUUUAAGUCAUCGCUUUGUGGAUGAUUUUCGGGACUUUGCUGAUUUGUGCUUCAAAGAAUUCGGAGACAGAAUCAAGCACUGGGUCGCCAUAAACGAGCCACAUACUCUGAGCCGAGGGGGAUUCGCCGUCGGCGACCUAGCGCCCGGCCGGUGCAGCGGCAAUGCAAGGAACUGGACGUGCGAUGUCGGAAAUUCAGGCACCGAGCCCUACAUCGCAGGUCACAACCAGCUUCUCGCCCAUGCCGCUGUAAUUCAAUUGUACAGGCAAAAAUAUCAGGCGACUCAAAAGGGCAUUAUUGGAAUCUCAUUGAACAUAGAUUGGGCUGAGCCCUACACGUCCAGCAAGCGAGACCGAAAAGCAGCACAAAGAGCCAUUGACUUCGAUUUUGGCUGGUUCAUGGAUCCAAUAACGAAAGGCGAUUAUCCAGAGAGCAUGAAGCAGAAUCUUGGGAAUCGGCUGCCGAGAUUUACAAAGGAGGAAUCUGAACUUUUGAAAGGCUCAUUUGAUUUCCUCGGUGUGAACUAUUACACCGGCAGAUACGCGAUGGAUCAACCUAACAGUAACGUUGACCCUCGUCAGUCUAGUUAUUUGACCGAUGCGCUUAUAAACACCAGUUAUCGCAAUAGCAAAGGCGAACCACUUGGUCCUGAGACUGCCGCACCUUGGGUUAGAAUCUAUCCUGCAGGGCUCACUAAGGUUUUGCUCUACAUAAAGAACAAGUAUGGGAAUCCCCUCGUCUACAUUACAGAAAAUGGAGUUCCAGAUCCAGGAAACUAUACGCAUUCGCCACUGAAAGCUACACCAAAUGAUAACAUGAGAGUUUCCUUUUAUCAAGCACAUCUUUCUUCAGUAUUAAAGGCUAUGAGGAAGGGAGCCAAUGUGAAAGGGUAUUUGGUGUGGGCGUUACUGGAUAACUUCGAGUGGCUUACAGGCUACACGAUCAAAUUCGGGUUGUACUACGUUGAUAUCAGGAAACCGUCAGUCAGGAUUCCGAAACUCUCAGCGCUGUGGUUCAGAAAUUUUCUGAAAGGAAAUGAUCAUCGUCGCAUACGAAUGAUAGAAGUUGACGCCAACUAA